CAUGAAACCAUCGUAUGGAAUUCAGUUCUUAUAAGAUGUAACAGGGACGAAGAGUUAAAAUUUAUUUGUUUAUUUAUUUUCUUGGACAGUACCUUCCUUGAAGUAUCGAAUGAGGUAGAGAGGGUGACAUGAUUCCACCCCAACACUGAAGACCAAUUCCAAGAUCUAGGCAGUACCUUCACCAUUACCAUUACCAUCUUCUGCAGAUGCUGCUUCCCACACUGCGCCUCCCACGCCAAUGCCCUGAAAUGAACUAUUGUGGCAUUGGUUGAUUUCUUUUCAUUUACAUGCAACUUUGAUUCUUUUCCUCAACCCACCAACCGUUGUUUUCCUACAUGUCGUUUUCCUUCGAUUGGUGGGUUUGCCUUCAGCUUUUGGGUUUUUUGAGGGGCUUGUUGUAGACUACAUUGUACUCUUGGUUUUAAAAAAAAAAAUUGUUUUUUGGAAGAUGAAGAGAUUGAAAAGCGAACCUCCCAAUUCGAGGAGGUUUAGAUUGUCACAUUUUUUGUUCGGUGUUGGGGUGUUGUACUUGGUUUUUAUAUCGUGUAACUUUUCACACUUUAUGAAAGUUGUGUCAUCGUUGAGUGGGGAUGAGAGUUACGAUGGAAUUGGAUUGGAUAGGGUGGCAGCUAUUGGGGACACUGAAGAUGCAGAUUUGAGCAAACCUUUUGUUAGUUCUGUUUAUAAAGAUGUAUUUCAAUGGAGGUUAGUGGAUAACAGGGAUAAAGAUGCUCCCUUGAGGCCAUACAAGGAACCAAUGAAGGAGGAAGAUCAUGGCCAUGAAUCUGUGAAGAAAAACCCUCAAGGAUAUGGUAGGAUUACCGGGGAAAUCUUGCGGUAUAGGAAUAGGACUGGUGAUUCAUCUGUGUUUCAGAGAAUGGCAGAUGAGGCUUGGACAUUGGGGUUGAAGGCCUGGAAAGAUUUGGACCAGGUUGAUGAUAAGGAGGCUGUAGAAAGCUCUGUAAUUGAGGGAAAGGCUGAGACGUGUCCUUCUUGGAUAUCGAUGAGUAGGGAAGAUUUGUUGAAGGGGGACGGGUUGAUGUUUCUUCCUUGUGGUCUUGCUGCUGGUUCUUCAAUCACUGUGGUGGGGACACCCCAUUAUGCUCACAAGGAGUAUGCUCCUAUGCUUGCUAGGAAGAGGAAAGGGGAUGGAUUGGUAUUGGUUUCGGUUUCGCAGUUUGUGAUUGAAUUACAAGGGCUGAAGUCGGUGGAGGGGGAAGAUCCUCCUAAGAUUCUUCACUUGAAUCCUAGGUUGAGAGGGGAUUGGAGCAAAAGUCCAGUUAUUGAGCAUAAUACUUGUUACCGGAUGCACUGGGGAAAAGCUCAAAGAUGUGAUGGUCUGCCAUCUGAGAGUUCUGAAGAAAUGCUUGUUGAUGGGUAUAGGCGAUGUGAAAAAUGGAUGCGGAAUGACAUUGUAGACUCGAAAGAAUCCAAGACCACAUCAUGGUUCAAGCGGUUUAUAGGGCGUAAGCAGAAGCCAGAAAUGACCUGGCCAUUUCCUUUUGCAGAGGGUAGAAUGUUUGUCCUUACAUUACGUGCUGGUGUUGAUGGAUACCAUAUUAACGUUGGGGGACGCCACAUGACUUCAUUUCCAUAUCGUACAGGUUUUACACUUGAAGAUGCUACAGGAUUGGUAGUUAAAGGGGACCUAGAUGUUCAUUCAGUUUUUUCUACUUCUCUCCCUACUUCACAUCAAAGUUUCUCACCUCAGAGAGUACUGGAAAUGUCAGAGACCUGGAAAGCCAAUGCUCUACCUAAACAUGCCAUUAGACUUUUUAUUGGAGUUCUUUCUGCUUCAAAUCACUUUGCAGAACGUAUGGCAGUUCGGAAAACUUGGAUGCAAGCAGCUGCAGUCAAGUCCUCAGAUGUGGUAGUACGAUUUUUUGUUGCCUUGAAUCCAAGGAAGGAAGUUAAUGCAGUGCUGAGAAAGGAAGCUGCUUACUUUGGUGAUAUCAUCAUUUUGCCGUUUAUGGACCGCUACGAGCUUGUUGUGCUUAAAACCAUGGCUAUAUGUGAGUUUGGGGUUCAGAAUGUGACUGCCGCAUAUGUCAUGAAAUGUGAUGACGACACUUUUGUCAGGGUGGAUACUGUCUUGAAAGAAAUUGAAGCUGUACCCCGGAAAAAGCCCCUUUAUAUGGGCAAUCUCAAUCUCUUGCAUCGGCCUCUAAGAAAUGGCAAAUGGGCCGUUACUUUUGAGGAGUGGCCUGAAGAAGUAUAUCCUCCUUACGCAAAUGGCCCUGCAUACAUAAUUUCCAGAGACAUUGUUACUUUCAUCAUAUCUCAACACAAGGAGAGGAGGCUGCGGCUCUUUAAAAUGGAGGAUGUAAGCUUGGGAAUGUGGGUUGAGAGAUUUAACAAAACGGUGGCCGCCGUUCAGUACUCCCACAACUGGAAGUUUUGUCAGUACGGAUGCAUGGAGGGCUACUUCACUGCACAUUAUCAAUCACCAAGGCAAAUGCUCUGUCUAUGGGACAAGUUGUCAAGAGGUCGUGCAAGAUGCUGCAACUUCAGAUGAUUUCCCAUUCUAUCAUUGUUACCUACUUCACAAAGACUAGUAUUGGAGAAAGUUACAAAACGAAUGAUGCAUUCAAUUUUAAAGAAAUAGAAUUUAGCAAUGUGUUCAUAUGCCCAUCAAUUUUGCUUGUCAAUACCAAACCGUAUUUUACAAUCAAAUGAAUUUUACAAAUCAGAUGAAA